AUGGCCACCGUCCAGCCCUCGACCUCUACCGCCAAGCCCCCGCCACCUCGAGCCGCUCGCGCACCGCGACCCUCGCGCCUCGCCUCGGUCCUGCACUGGACCCUCCUCGCCUUCGUCAGCAGCGCAGCCCUCAGCCGCGCCUUGACAGAGACCUGGCUGUGGGGCUACGACGGCAAGUGGGCCAACCCGCGACAGAUCCGCGACGCCCUCUUCCCGCCCUCGCCCCUCGUCCUCUCCGAGGCGCAGCUCGCCCUCCACGACGGCUCGCGCCCCGACCUGUACCCACUCUACAUCGCCAUCGACGGCGACGUGUACGACAUCUCGGACGGCGGCAUGCGCAACUACGGGCCCGGCAUGCCCUACAGCGUCUUUGCCGGCCGCGACGCGGUCCGAGCUUUCGUGACAGGUUGCUUCGACACGCACUUGACGCACGACCUGCGCGGCCUCACGACGGCGCAGCUCGAGACGGUCAAGAACUGGAAGAACUUCUAUUCGACGCACGCCAAGUACCGCCGCGUCGGGACCGUCGUGCACCCGCCGAUCGACCCGACCUCGCCCAUCCCCGAGCCGUGCGACAAGGGCAAGCCGCAGCCGUCGGCAGCAGUCGGUGGAGGAGGUGCGCGAGUGGGAGGAGGACGAGCGGGAGCGCACAAGCAGGCUUGA